AUGGACAACACAGGCGGGCAAUUACUCUAUCCGAAAGCCAUUCCGAGCUCGUUGUCGGCCACCAGCGACCGGUACUUUAGAGGCCAACGAGUGGCCAGUCGUAGGGAUCGGGCGUUUGUCACCUACGAGGGCGAUGAGUACCCGCCGCCCACUCCCGACAUACUUCCGGUUGGGUCGCGGAUACCGGUGCAGAAUCCGUGCCGUAUUUGCGAGUGCCGUGACUUUGGGGGCCGACAGUACAGACGGGGAAAGAGGAUAUAUCCGGAUGAGGAUUACUGCAAGAUAUGCCACUGCGAUGAGCACUGGGACGACAACAACCCUCUCAACACCCUGUCCUGUCAUCGACAUCAAUGUGAAUUACAGUUGAACAGAGAUUUCGCCGCCGGUUGUCUACCCAUCUAUCACGAGGGGAGCUGUUGUCCCAUUGAGUACAAGUGCCCCCAAACCAGUGAAACAUGCGGUGUUUUAUCAAUAUAUUCGGGACGGGAUUUGAAAGAGUGUUGGUUUGAUGGCCGCAACUAUACGGUCGGCCAACAACUGGUCACUGGAAACCCGUGCGUCUCGUGUGAGUGCAAAGCGCCGCCCGAUUUCACGUGCGUUCAGAAGUCGUGUCCGACUCCUAAACACAACUGUUAUGUCGGGAAAUGGGAUAACAGUGUCUGUUGUCAACACUACACGUGUUCGCCAACACUAGACUAUGUUAGAGACGAAUCACAAUUCAAACCUAAUUUCUAUUCAUCUCAAUAGAGAGAGAGAGAGAGAGAGAGAGAGAGAG